GACUGAGUGAAAACAGAUGUUUCCUCCUCCAACCAGGGCUGUCCUCGAUUUUAUCACUGGUAGAAUAGUGGUAAAUAAUGAAGUCGAUUUUAAUAACGGGCUGCAAUCGUGGUUUAGGCCUGGGACUGGUCAAAACACUAUUAAAAAGUGACAGUCCGCCGAAGAAUCUGAUUACUACUUGCCGGAGCGUUGAUAAAGCCUCGGAGCUGCAACAACUAGCAUCCCAGCACAAAAACGUCCAUAUAAUACCAUUAGAUGUUAGGAAUACCGAGUCGUUUGAUGCAUUUGCCAAGGGUGUGGAAGAAAUUGUUGGGUCGGAAGGGUUGAACGUUUUAUUUAAUAAUGCUGGAUAUUCCCCCAAAUCUACUAGACUCGGCUUUGUGAAAGCUGACCAGCUGUUGGAAACUUUUGCAGUUAAUACUGUAGGCCCCAUACUGCUGACAAAGGCCCUACUUCCGACUUUGAAGAAAGCAGCCAAUUUAAACAAAAGUGGGGCUUUUGGAAGUACAAAAGCGGCGGUAAUUAAUAUGACCUCCAUACUGGGAUCCAUCGCUUUGAAUAGUGACGGAGGUUUAUAUCCUUAUCGUUGUUCGAAGGCUGCCAUCAAUAUGGCCACUAAGUCACUGAGUAAAGAUUUAAAAAAAGACGGCAUUCUAGUGGCUUGUGUUCAUCCAGGAUGGGUGAAGACCGACAUGGGCGGAAGCAAUGCGCCAAUGUCCGUAGAAGAAAGCUCCAGAGGAAUUGUGCAACUGAUGGCAAAGCUCGAUGAAAGCCAUACUGGAGGCUUUUUCCAGUGGGACGGAAAGGAACUUCAAUGGUAGGAACAGGUUGGUGUCCAGUUAAUAAAAUGCAUUUGAUUUGUACAUGAAACAA